CUGAGGGUACGAGACGCUGUCUUAAAGCAAAGGGUCCACGCCUGAGACCUGAGACCAAGACCCACCUUUGGACAUGUUCCUCUCUGCUCCCCUCAGCUGGUGGCACCCAUAUAGGCGUGGUCUGGCCACAGGGCCUGGCCCUGUCGGAGGGGAGGUCAGGGGUAGGAGCACAGUGCGGGAAGAGGGGUUCAACCAGUCUGUCCAGCUUUUUCUGGAACCCCAAACUCUGAGGGCGACAAGGAAACUUGUCACCCUCCAGACUGGAGAAAAGUCCCAGCAGACUCUGUCCACCUUCAUCUGGAAGAAAGAAGCCUACACUUCUCCCGGGCGGGGCAGCAACCCGGCUCCCCGUGCAGCCGGCCGUCCCUCCAGACCCACCCGUGGGCUUUCUGCAGCUCAGGAAUCACUGGACCAGAAACCAGAAGACUCAGCAGCCAUCCAACCCAGAAACUAUGAAGUCCCAGGUCUGCUGAUCCAACUCUACUAGACCGUAAACAUGGAAGUCGCUCAAGGAUCUUUUCUUGGACCUCCCUGCUUUCUCUCUGCACCCUCGCCCUGGGGCAUGACAUGCACCCCUUUGGCCUCGAUGAUCACUGAAGGACUGAUGGCUGUCCCAUCUGGGCCUCCAGCUUACACCUGAGCUCCAGAUUGAGAAAUCCCUGCUUGGAUGGCCCCCAUACUUCUCAAACUCCACAGAUCCAAGGCUCAACUUUUCAUCUGCAUCUUGUCCUUGCAAAUGGCAGCCCCAUCCACCUGGGAUAAUACUUACCUGACUCUCUUUCCC